UGUAUUUAAAUCCAUGUUAAAUGCAUAAGCUGUCCAUUGUAAAUAGAUUUUUUUAUUACUUUUGAUAUGUACCAAAUAAUCCUGAUCGUGUCUGUGUUAUGUACAAGCAUACUAAAAAUGGCAGUUUAGUGCAACAAGCAUAACGUAUUAGUAGGUUUAGGGGAAGGGUUUGGUUCAUUUAAAGACUUGAUUAAAAUAGACAAUAUAUAGAGAGAGAUGAAUCAAAGUGUGUUUUGGAAUUGAAACAAAUUCUAGCGUUCUUACCGCAAUAAGUAUAGUAGUAUUUCACUCUUUAGAACUUUCACUUUUUACUCUUUUGAAAGUUUCAAACCUUUAACUAACCCUACAAUAGUGUUUCAUUUCAUCUAAAUUACACAAGAAAAAGUUGAUCCAAUCUGACAUUAGAUGAAGAACACAAAAAUCAUUUUAAUGGAAACAAGAUCCGUCAAGAAAAAAAGGCUUCUCGAUGAAAUAUACGCGAGCUUUUCAUGUGGUGAAGACCGUAUCAGUGAUCUUCCUGAUGCGGUUCUUCAACACAUUCUUUUCUUUCUUCCAAUUAAAUCCAUCGCUAAACUCAGUGUAUUGUCUAAGCGAUGGAGACACCUGUGGCACACAUUCCCUGAUCUCGAUUUCACCACCAUCAACAUCCCAUCAUCAUCAUCAGCUUAUAACUCAAUCUCCAAAUUUAAUCCAAAAGGACGUAACAAAAAGUUGAAUGCAAAUUGGACUAGUGCUGGAAGAGCUGAUUUCAUCGAUGAAGUGUUGUCCGUUCGCGGUAAAAAUUCAGGGAUCAGGGUCCUACGUUUUCAUGCAAAUUUGAGCUUCUCACGCCUGAACGCCCUGAUUCGUGGUGCUGUCAAGCACGAAGUCCAAGAACUCGAUGUUGAGGUUGCAACUAAUGAUUAUUUCAAUUUCCCUAGAAGUGCUAUAACCAGUAACACUUUAAGGGUUUUUAAAUUAAAGUCCAAAUAUCCAGGGUUCAGGUUACCUCCAUCGUCAAUUAUGAAAAAUGGUUUCAAAAAUUUGUUCUCAUUGUCACUUUCGUGCCUUAUUAUGUACGAACAACCUUCACUUCAUGAUUUGUUCACGGAUACAGCUUUUCCGUUGCUUAAGAAACUGAAUCUUGAUGGAUGUAGCGGGCUAAAUUACUUACAUAUAAGUUGUCGUGUACUUGAAGAAUUCAUUCUUGAGAAUUGCUUUCAAUUGGAGCAUUUAGACAUAACAUGUCCAAAAUUGGAGAAAUUGAGCGUCAAAAGCUGCUUCGAUUCGUACUCAACUAGUGGUACUGAUGUUAAGAUUGUUGGUCCGAGGUUAAAAUCGAUUGUAUGGUCGAAUAAUACUAUAACGGAUCAAAGUUGUUUGGAGAAUUUAACUAGUUUGAUUGAAGCUUUGGUUGGGUUUUUUGUUCUUCUUGAGGAUCUUGGUGCAAUGAAGCUUCGGAGUGUCAGUAAUUUCUUGUCUGGGCUCUCUCAUUCACAUUCUUUAGUUCUUGAAAACCAAAGUGUUGAGAUACUGUCGAAGAAUAAUCACAUGGCAGGAAUCUCUCUACGUCCUUUUACUAAACUGAGAUCCUUAGAGUUGCACACAGGAUUCCACAAACACAACAUUCCAGGAUUAGCAAAUCUGUUUAAGAGUUCUCCAGCUACUAAUACACUCAUUCUCAAGAUUACCAAUGAGCACAACAUCCAGAGAAGGAAAUGGAAUAGGGACCUGUGGCAAUUGUCAAACUCUGGUGAAGAAAGAUUUUGGGAGUCACAAAGUAAUGCCAUGAAUUCCUUCCUUCAACAUCUUAAAGUAGUGAAGAUUCAUGGAUUCUCAGAAUGUGAAAGUGAUGUUAGUUUAGUGAAAUUCUUGUUGAAGCAUGGGAAAGUGUUGCAAGAAAUGUUCUUGUGUGCAGCAGAGAAAUCAAGAGACUCACUUCACAGAGAAAGAAUCAAAUCACAAAUAAUGGGGUUUUCCAAAGCAUCUUGUAAUGCUAAGAUUGUCUUCAGGUAAACAACGGCGGGAUGAGCUUCCAAAGAAGCCAGCCCGGGCUAGAUUCAGUAUAGAUUGAAGGGACGACCCUAGUCUUGGAUUGGCUUGCCAAUUUAUUGAAUUGUGUGCGGAGAAGAGCAGAUAGUGAUGCCACUUUUAAUUAUGGACAUGGCCCCUGUGUUAAAGUGGCAUCAAGUUACGCUUGAAAACCGGCAAGUUUCUAAGUUGGAUUAGCUAUACAACUUCAAAAUUUAAAGAAAGAAUAAUUGUGUCAUUUUUUGAAUUUUUUCCUAAUUUAUGGACUUAUGGUUGAGACAUUUGGAACUUCAUGGUCAUGGUUUAAUUGGCUUAAUAUAUAUUAUCCCUGAACCUGUAGCCAAAUUUCUGAUGCACCUUCCUCAUUAGUCUUUUUACACACUAAGGUGUGUUUGGUAUGAUAGAAAAUGUUUUCUGAAAAAUAUUUUUUUAUUUUUCCCUAUUUGGUUGUACUAAAACAUUGGGAGAAGGGACUCUCAAUGUUUGGUACGCUUCAAUGCUUUUCCACACGGUUCAAUCCUCUCAAUUUGCGUUGGAUGGAUGAGGAGAAGGGACCGGAAGAGAGUGUUGGAGUUUCACAUCGGUGGCUUAAAGGGAUCUUAAUCUCCUUACAUGAUCUUGUGUGUUCCUCACCUUAUUAGCUAACUUUCGAGUUGAGUUAUGUCCAAGGUCAAUUUCUUUAUGUGAGAGCUCUCAGAGAUUUUUAUUUGUGGAAAGGAUAUAAAUAGUAUUUCGAAUGAAACUAUUGACAUGAAAAUGACCACUGAAUUUUAAUUUCAAUUUCUAGCCA